AUGUCCGCCGAGGUUGCCAACUCCACUGCUCCUGGCGCUGAUGCCAACCCGGCCUCGCCCAUCGCCGGCGAUGCGAACGGUACCGCCAACGCUGCAGGUGCUACCGAGGCCCCUACGCCUACCUCCGCCGCUCCUUCCGCGCACCAGAACUCCGCCUCGCUCUAUGUCGGCGAGCUCGACCCCUCCGUCACCGAGGCCAUGCUGUUCGAGCUUUUCUCCUCGAUCGGCCAGGUCGCCUCCAUCCGUGUUUGCCGUGACGCCGUCACCCGCCGCUCGCUCGGUUACGCCUACGUCAACUACAACAGCUCCGAGGACGGCGAGAAGGCCCUGGAGGAGCUGAACUACACCCUGAUCAAGGGCAAGCCUUGCCGUAUCAUGUGGUCGCAGCGUGACCCCGCUCUCCGCAAGACUGGCCAGGGCAACGUCUUCAUCAAGAACCUGGACUCGGCGAUUGACAACAAGGCUCUGCACGACACGUUUGCCGCCUUCGGCAACAUUCUCAGCUGCAAGGUCGCUCAGGACGAGCACGGCAAUUCCAAGGGCUACGGCUUCGUUCACUACGAGACCGCCGAGGCUGCAAACAACGCCAUCAAGGCCGUCAACGGCAUGUUGCUGAACGAGAAGAAGGUUUUCGUCGGCCACCACAUUCCCAAGAAGGACCGUAUGAGCAAGUUCGAGGAGAUGAAGGCCAACUUCACCAACGUCUACGUCAAGAACAUCGACCUGGACGUUACCGAUGAUGAGUUCCGCGAGCUCUUCGAGAAGUUCGGCCAGAUCACCUCUGCUUCGCUUGCUCACGACGGCGAGACCGGCAAGAGCCGCGGCUUCGGUUUCGUCAACUAUGUCAAGCACGAGAGCGCCUCCAAGGCUGUGGACGAGCUCCACGACAAUGAUUGGAGGGGCCAGAAGCUGUACGUCGGCCGUGCGCAGAAGAAGCACGAGCGCGAGGAGGAGCUGCGCAAGCAGUACGAGGCUGCUCGCGCUGAGAAGCAGUCCAAGUACCAGGGCGUCAACCUGUACGUCAAGAACCUCCAGGACGACAUUGAUGACGAGAAGCUCCGUGACAUGUUCGCUCCUUUCGGCACCAUCACCUCCGCAAAGGUUAUGCGUGAUACCCAGCCCGUUGGUCGCUCCGGCAGCGAGUCUCCUAAGAAGGAGGAAGAGGAGGAGAAGCCCGAGGAGGAGAAGCCCGAAGAGAAGGAGGGCUCCGGCGACGAGAAGGAUGGCGUUGACAAGCUCACCAAGGAGAUGGACAAGGUCACCAUCAAGGGUGAGCAGAAGAUUCUGGGCAAGAGCAAGGGCUUCGGUUUCGUUUGCUUCAGCAACCCCGAUGAGGCCACCAAGGCUGUCACCGAGAUGAACCAGAAGAUGAUGGGCGGCAAGCCGCUCUACGUUGCCCUGGCCCAGCGCAAGGAUGUCCGCAAGAGCCAGCUCGAGGCGACGAUCCAGGCCCGCAACCAGAUUCGCAUGCAGCAGGCCGCUGCCGCCGCCGGCAUGCCCGCCCAGCAGUUUGUCCAGCCCCAGAUGUUCUUCGGUCCUGGCCAGCAGCCCUUCAUGGGCGGCCGUGGCCAGAUGCCCUUCCCCCAGGGUAUGCAGCCUGGUGGCCGUGGCGCCGGCUUCCCUCAGGGCCUGCCCAUGCAGGGCGGUCGCGGCGGCCCCAACGCCCAGCAGAUGCCCCCUAUGGGCAUGCCCUACCCUGGCGCUAUUCCUCCGGGUGGCAUGCCUCCCCAGUUCAACCCCGCUUACGCUCAGAUGCUUGCUGCUCAGCAGGCUGCUAUGGGCGGUCGUGGUGCUAGCCGUGGUCCUAUGCCUGGCGUGCCCCUUCCCAGCAUGCCCCAGAUGGGCGGUCAGAUCCCUGGAAACAGCCGUGGUGGCCCUAACAACCGUGGUGGCAACCGCAGCCAGCCUGGCUUCCCUGGCGGUCGUCCUGCUCCCGGUCAGACCCCUACUCCUGGUGAGGGUGUCGACAUGUCUGCUCUCCAGGCUGCUCCUGCUCCUCAGCAGAAGCAGAUGCUUGGCGAGGCCCUCUACCCCAAGAUCCACGCCAUGCAGCCCGAGCUUGCUGGCAAGAUCACUGGUAUGCUCCUGGAGAUGGAGAACCCUGAGCUUAUCAACUUGACUUCCGAUGAGAACGCUCUCCGUGCCAAGGUCGAAGAAGCUAUGGGUGUCUACCAGGAGUACAUCAACAGCAAGGGCGAUGGUCAGGACGAGAACGCGGCCCCUAAGGAGGCCACCAAGGAAGGCGAGGCCUCUGAGAACAAGGCUUAA